CUCAUAUCAGUGACAUAAUCACAACCAGGAAGACCAUGGACGAGCUCCCAUGUCUAGUGUGCGACCGGCCCCUGCCCAACGAACCCACGGCUCGCUGCCUCACCGACUGCUCUCACGAGUUCUGCCUCUCGUGCUUAUGUCGCUCUCUGGCUGUCAACAAGAACCGCUGUCCUGGUUGUCACGCCCAGGUGAAGCGAGUGACGCAGCUGUUGCCACGAGGCGAAGACGCCCCGAAGCCAGCCUUCGUGCGCUUCUGCAAUGCCGUUUACACACUUAACGUGUCCAUCUGGGCUGUCGACGACCCAGCUAAAGUAUUAGCCUCGCUAUUCAAUUUGGAACACGCAAGACUGAUCCACAAUGGAAAACUACUUAAGAAAGGAGACGUGUGGCCAGGAUCAGUAGUGCAGCUCUUUGGUACUCAAAAGGGAGCACUGCAGACAGCGGCGACAGGUAAUUACUUGUCGUGGCUCAGCCAUGAGUGGCUACAGCGAGCCAAGCAGGUCGUGUGCUGUCCGUUCAGUAUCCUCUACGACUUUGUCCGCUCUCUGUUUGGCAACGUGGAGGAACAACAGCAGAGAGGACAGAGAGGAUACGCUCCAAUACCUACGAUAGACACAUCCACAUCUUCCAGCUUCCGCGAACCGGGGCGGGUGCCAAGUCCAGACCACACUGCGGUGUUGUAAUAAGGAGCAAACAGUUUUAACCCGUUCGUCUAUGAUGGUUUUACUACUUUCCUCUACAUGCGGUCGUAGCCCACACUGCCAUGCUCAAGCGCCACCAGCAGCUUCUCCCUGAGUACAGUACUUGUUGGAUAAUCCGGGAGGAUCAAUCGACGAUCGCUGCAACAAGAGAACACAAUGUAAGACAUCUUACCACAAAGCUGACGAUUCCAACAUAUCUUACCAAGUGUUGGCCAUGGGACAGAAGCUUGUUUGCAUCCGCGUGUCCACAUCAAUGUACCAGCACGCAGUAUCCUAACAGCAACAGCAUGUGAGCACUGAAAUCAACAAAUACCAGGCGUUAAUAGCCAGACCUACCGCGUUCAUGGAGCGAUACUUGGAGUCAAAGCCGAAAAUGGGCGGCAGUGGUGAACCAGACCAGAACGUCAGCAGCUUGGAGCGAUUUUCUUGAUCAAAGCUCUCGACGACUUCCCAGAAGCGCUGAACGACGCCACGAGACGGCAACGCACCUCGCGAGUACACCACAUUCUUCUUCAGACUCUCAAAAUCGAUCGUGCGUUCUCCUCUCACGAGACGUCGGAGCUCUUCAGGGCGGAAAAGUUUCAGAUCCGAACGCGCGAUUGUAUCGUUGAAGCCGUCCCGAAUCUUCUUGUAGUACACGAGCUCGUUGCCGAAGAAGAACUGCUCAGCACGCAGCAAAACGUACUGCGCCUUGUUGGCGUUCGUCACUUCAACGUCGCCCAUUCCAUCUUGAAGCUCCAUCUCCAUACUCAUCGUCACGUUCGAGGGUGCAGCAACAGCAGCAUCCGUUGCUUCCUCCUUCUGCUUCGCUUCUUCGUCGACAAUCACCACUUCUGUUGUGUACUCGAAGCGCAUAUCUAAAGGCUCACCGUCGAAAUCGUGGUCCAACACAAACUGGAGACUGCGUUUGAACACGUCACUGCUUUCACAAUAGCUUUCCCACGUCAACGAGCCGUCUCGCAUCAUGAACUUCCAGAAUACCACAGGAAAAUCGGCACCAAGUGGCUGAUGGUUGCGAAUUGACAGCCCGAUCAAGCGACCAAUGCAGAGAUACACCUUCUUGAGCGCAUCCACUUCACUGGGGUCCACAAGCAUGUCUUUGCGAGAUAGACUCAAGCUCUUGGCACUGCGCUUCGCGUCCAUAACCUGCUUGCUGAUGUACACCGGUCGUGGCGCGAUGCCAAGAACUCCACGCUUCUGCUCGUCCACAAAGUCAAACAAGGGGAAUAAUUCAGUAAAGCCGCUGCUCUGUGUCGGUCGGCUACGUUUAGCGUUGCGUUUCUUGCUCGAGUCGUGAGUGUUUUGCGAUCGAGCAAGCUGAAGCCACUGCGCUCCAAUCUCCAGAACGUGAGGCGCUGGCGGAGCACCACGCGACUGCGAGCUUCCGGUCAAUCCCGGCUGGAAGAAACAUCUCUGGACAAUCUGGAAAAACUCGCGGGUGACACCAACGCCCACCCCCGGUUCGUUCACCAACGUGAUGUUCAUUUCACCCUUCAAAUUGCUAGCCGAGGUGCUCAGGAUUUGCUGCAGGAUGAAGUCCACGUAGUUCGCCUCAGACGCUCGGCUGAUCGACACAGAGACGGAGCCGUUGCGCUCUUCUGCCAACAUGGCCAGGUAAUCCACUUUGUGCUCUAGACGGAUAAGUCCCGGAAUUGCCGCGAAGGAAUACAAGUCCAUGCCUAAUACCUUGGGGUCGGAACGUAUCAGCACAUCCACACUGUCCUUUAGUGGGAUCACUUUGUCAACGAAGGAGGCUGGGAUUGGAAAUGUUGCUGCAAUCGUGUGUAGAAGGUGAGACUGCUCUGCAACGAACAUCUUAAUGCGCUUCUUCCUCGCUUCUUGCUUGACGAAUCGGUUCAUAACCUGGCAACCAACGGUUAAGUGUUAGUGAGACUCAAAUGAAUACUAUUGUGGCAUCAACGUACCCCAAACAGCUUCACUAGCGUCAUAUCUUCGUCGGAAACAAACGCGGCUUCUAACUGCUCGAACACUUGCAGCAAGUGAAGCAAUAGGGAGAAACGUUGUGGUGUGG